UGACCCUGAGAAGUUGCUGUCGCGCAGUGCGCGGCUUAAGACGUAGCGCGUGCGCAGGAGCUCAGCGCAGAGGCCUGCCGGAAGCUAAGAUGGCGUGUGUGUGUUGUCCAGGCCGCAGUUGGCGCCUUAUCGGUAUCUAAGCCGUGUGUUUUGUGAGGGGCUGUGGCAAAGGCCCGUUCUCCCGCCAUGGCCCGGCAUCGGAAUGUUCGAGGCUAUAAUUACGAUGAAGAUUUUGAAGAUGAUGAUCUCUAUGGCCAGUCUGUAGAGGAUGAUUAUUGUAUUUCGCCAUCAACAGCUGCUCAGUUUAUUUACUCGCGACGUGACAAACCUUCACUUGUUGAGCCUGUAGAAGAAUAUGAUUACGAAGAUCUGAAAGAGUCCUCCAAUUCUUUUUUGAACCAUCAGCUAAGUGGAAUUGAUCAAGCUCGUCUUUAUUCAUGCCUUGGUCACAUGAGAGAGGCACUUGGAGAUGCCGUGCCAGAUGACAUAUUGGUCGAAGCAGUUCUGAAGAACAAGUUUGAUGUGCAGAAGGCCUUGUCACUGGUUCUGGAGCAAGAUAAAAUGCAGAAUUUGAAGGUCAAGAGUGAGGGAGCAGCACCCACAGGGAAGACUGCAAAAGGAGUCUUAUUAUCUUCCUCUCAAGUUUCAGCUGAUAAUGUUCAAAGCUCUUGUCCUCAAUCCGCAAACCAUUUGGAUUGUAGUAGCAAACCCUCUGAUUUUUCUGGCCCACUAGCAAAAUAUGGAUUAUAUCAUAAUUCCUCAGUUGUACCAAGUCACUAUUUACUCCAUAAAAAAAAGAAACCUGACAGACCUAAAAGUGAAAAGAAACUAGAAUCAUGUAAGUUAACAAAAGAGCUUUCGCUAGCUGACCUCAUUGAUGAUGCGCCAAGAGAUUCUUGUAAAAGUCAGCCGUCAGUCAGAUUAUCAUCCACGGAUGGUCUGGAAAGUCUGUUUUCAAAGAAUCUAGGUGCUGAUCUGUUUAGACCUCAUGAAUCGGAAUGUGUUUCCAAAGAUGAUUCUGCAUUCAAAGAAAUACCAGAUUUAAAAUCCUUAAUGAUAAAGAGCACAACGCCUAGUAACUCUUUAUGUAUUCAGAAUAAUUCACUUCCUGCUACCCAUAACAUUCCAGUACAAAACAACUUAGGAAAUUUAAAUAGUCCUUUGCUCUUAACUAGCUCAUUGGAAAAUAUAGCUCAUGAUAAUUUAAAUACUAGUAAAAUGACUGAAGUUGGAAGUGUUUCUUCAGUUGAACAGAGUGCCAAGAAUUACAUUUUAAAAGAUGACAGUCCGCAGUUUGCCGGGUGUGAAAGUCCAUCCCUAGCUGAACUGUUUCAGGAACACAAAGAAAAUAAUCCAAGCCAGUGCUUUACUUUAUCUGAUCUUUGUGACCAGUCAUCUGCCAGUUUCACAGAUCUCAGUUUGGGAUCUUUUCCCUUGUCAAGGCUAGCAAAUCGGUAUCCAUCUUCGACUGGAAUAUCAGAGUUAACAGGAUCUCUGUCGUCUUUGGCAUUUUGUAAAGCUUCUCCUACAAGAGACCUUGAGAAUUUGUCACUUUCUGAUUUGAUUGCAGAAACAAUUGAUGUAGACAACUCUCAGUUUAAGAAGGAUUCCUUUAAGCUCAGUGUAUCUGAAAUGAGUUCACCUGGAAUAGAUUCAAAUAUUGAUCUUAGUGUCCUUAUAAAAACCCCUGAUUUUGUUCCAAAACAUGUAGUAGACCAAUCAGUUGCUCCAACAUCAGGAACUAAAGUUUUAAAUUCGAAGUUAGGGAAAAAUUUCAAUUCUGCUAAGGAUAAUAAGAGAACCAAUAAAGGCUCUUUGACUAGGAACCCACCUUUUUCUCUCUCUUGGACCAAGGCUCUUGCUGCUAGACCUUCAGCUUUUGCUUCUACACUGUGUCUUCGUUACCCAUUGAAAAGCUGCAAGCGACGCACCCUUGACCUCUAUAAGACUUUUCUUUAUAGUAGACAAGUUCAAGACAUAAAGGACAAAGAAAUAAGUCCUCUUAUAGCAAUAACACCAUUUGACUUCAAAUCAGCAUCUCCUGAUGACAUUGUAAAAGCUAAUCAGAAGAAAGCUUUCACUAGAGAAUAGUAACAGGAGAACUUUAUAACUGUUGUAGAGUUUUUGUUUUAAUUUAAAAUCUUUAUAGGAUUACUGUAUAUUAUGGGAUGAGAGUUGUGGUUUUAUAUUAAAAUUGUCUUAAGUCAGUUGAUAACUUUAGUUGAUAAUGUAUUUUUGCACUGAAAAAAACUUUUUUUUACUAUAUUUUCUUUUAGUGAUAACGGGCUUUAUUUAAGUUGAUAGCCUAAAGUGGGUAUAUAUGUUUACAAAAUGCAUAUGGAAACUUGAUAUUGUGAAAUCAAACCUCAGAUAUUUUUGUUUGAAGCACUCAACUUUAUAAGUUUUUACAAUGAGACCUUUUCUUUUGUAAAACAUUUUUGUGCUUCAUUCUUAAAUGAAAAUGCCACUUGGGAUUAUUCUAGUUUAGAGAUAAAGAUUUUUCUUCUGAUAUGUGGCAUAGCAUAGGUGAGACAUAAUUAUAUUUUAAAAUAUUAGUGAUAUCAUUCCCAUUCAUUAUUUUUCUGUAGGUGGAUAAAAUUUUUCUAUUAGAAAAUUUUAAAAUUCCUGACUUUUAAGAAUACUGUGGAGGUUGUCGAAAUACAUUUUUGAUGAUAAUAAAAUGAAAAUCCUUUAAGGGACCAUGUACAUAUUGAAGUUGGAUUAGUACAUAAAUUAUUUUUAUACAUUUUCGAAACCAUUUGUCCUAAAUGCACACUUUGAAAUAAAUAUAUAGAAAGUGUUUUCAAGUAUGGUUGCAUGCUGUUUGAAUAGAUAAUUUUAUCAGAUCUCUUUAGCUUUUUCUUAUGUAAGUAAUAAAAUGUGUUUUCCUCUGAUACUGACAGUGUAUGUGCUACCAUGACCAAGUUUCAGCAGUGUCAGACCAAAUCCGAGCUCUUCUAGGCAGUAGAACCAGUAUGUAAUUCAUCCCUGAAAGCAGUGGUCCUCAACUAGCAAUCAGAAUCGCUAGGGGAAUUUUUUUCAGAACAGAUGCCGUGGCUUCAAUCCAGACAUGGUCAGUUAGUCUCAGAGGGAUGACAUUUUAGGACUGUGUAUUUUUAAACAAGUCCCCAGGUGAUUGUGAUGUGUUACUUUUACUUGAGAACUAUUGCCUUGGGGGAAGAACUCAAUAGAAUGGAAAGAAUUACUGAUGCUAAGGAUAGCACCUGACCAAUGUGAAUUUGUAUUUUAUAGUUUCUCGUAAUCAGAAAUACCAAGGAAAAUUAGGAAUUAUAGUCUUGCAUAAGAGGAUGCUGAUACUGUAUCAUUAGUAUUUCUUGCAGAAAAAAAUAGGAUCUAAAAUGUUAGUUCUUAAUGAAAAUAAAAUAGCUGGCCUUUUCCUAGUAAAGACCUA